AUGUCUCAAUCUGUCAUCAACAACAUCACCAACUACAUGGAAAAACACCAGCAGGGCGCUCGCCUUACACUGACUGCCAUAGCAACCUCUGUUUUGACGGCAUCUGCCUUGAUUAGCUACCAAAGAAUAACACGUUCUCGGUUACAAGACGACAAGAAAGCGCUGAAAAGAGCUGUAAACGAGGAGCAACCAGCAGCCAUCUCCAUUAUUGACGAGGAAAAGAUGGAAGAGCAGAAAAAGGAGCCCAUGGACGAAUCUCUGGUACUGGAAUUACUGGCUCGAAACACAGCAUUCUUUGGCCACGAAAGUGUUUGCAAGAUCCGCAAGUCCUUUGUCGUUAUCCUGGGUGCAGGCGCUAUUGGCUCAUGGACGGCAUUGAUGUUGGUGCGUUCUGGUGUAGAGCAUGUGCGCAUUGUAGAUCCUGGGUACGUGCGUUUGGAGAGUAUGACGAGAAAUGCGGUAGCCAAGAUUGCAGACAUUGGUAAAUCCAAGGCAUUGAUUCUCAAAAAGUACAUUGGCGACAUUGCACCCAAUGCCGAUGUCCAAGUGGAGCGCACCCAACUGACAAAAGACAACAUGGGUGAUUUACUGGCGGAUGCACCUGACUUUGUCGUGGAUACUCUGCCUGAUGUCAAGGAGAAGGUGCUUGUUGCCAAGUAUUGCAGAGAACACAAUAUCAAGAUUGUCAGUGCCAUGAGCGCAGGCGCCAAGGCUGAUCCCACUUUGAUCCAAGUAACCGAUGUGAAUGAUACAAUGACGGAUCCUCUUGCUCGCAUGUACAGAAGACAAUUGAGAAAGUUUGGUAUAGAUCGUGGUGUUCCUGUUGUGUAUUCGACUGAAAAGAGCCUACGUUUGGAUAGCAAAGAUUUCAGCACUCGCUCUUUGCCCGUCUUGGGACCCGUAGCUAGUAUGUUUGGCAUGGCAUUGGUCACCUAUGUCAUUGUUCAAUUAGCAGAGUUCACAGCCUACAAGUUGCCCGCAAACAAGAUGCGCGAUGGUGUGUAUGCUAGAUUACAGAAGGAAUUGGCAGCAAGAGAGCAGGUCAUCUUUAACAAUACAACCGACGUCUUAAGCGUGAACGAGGUUGGAUAUGUGUUUGAUGAGUUUUGGCAGGGAAAGAGCGCCGUCUCUGGUGCACAAGACAGAGCCUUGGUUAUGACUCGUUGGAACUUGUCUCAAACAAGUAGCCUGGUGAAUACGGUGCUAAUGACAAAAGAUGAAGCAAAUGUGCACGAUAAGCUCCCCCAAGGCACAGAUCUCGCUGCACAUUACGGCCCCGACAUUGUGGACAAGAUCAAUGCACAAUUUGCAUUGGAAAAAAAAAUGCAGCAAUUGUGGGACGCGUCUCCCUCAGCUUGA